UGUUUCGUCAUCUUAAAUUCAGUCAUGAAGUUCAGGGGCAAAAUAGCAGAAAGCGCGUGUAUGAGGCAGUUUGCGAAUAUAAUUGUUACACUAGCAAGACUGUCAAAGUUGUGUGUUGUGCGAUUCACAAAGGACUUCAUAUACUUUAUCAUUGUGGAAGAAAAUGUGACUGUGGGAAAACCCAUGGUUUGGAGUGUACUGGAACAGACACACUUUUUUAAUGAAUACAGCAUGACUGGAGUGUCAGAAGAUCAAAAUGAAAUAUAUCUUGAAUUUGAGACAGAUGUCAUGGCCAAGUCUUUGAGCUCACUCAGAGUUAGUCAUGGAGCUAAAUCAGUAAAAAUGAAACUCACAAAUAAGAAGUCCCCAUGUCUCACGUUUGAAAUACAGCUGUCUGAAUUGUCACAUUCCCGUUUUUGUGUCCAUGACAUCCCGGUUUCUGUGAUACCUCGUAAAGAAUGGACUGCACUGCAAGAACCUGUGGUUCCAAACUAUGAUGUGAGCAUUCAGUUGCCAGGACUGAAGCUCAUACGUACUGUCGCAGAGAGAAUGAAAUCCUUAAGUUCACACAUUGUCCUGUUGGCCAACCAUGAAGGAGCUUUGAUCCUUAAGGUUGAAACACCAGAAGCAACAGUGUCUACACAUUUUAAAAAUCUCAUUAUGGAAAAUAGUGGAGGAGAUGAAGAAAAUACUGAAGAAUUCUUCUCAGCUCGAAUAGAUAUCAGGAAAUUUGUGCAGUUCCUUACAAGUGAACAAGUCAACCCAAGCAAAGUAGUGUGCAACAUUGUGGAUGAUAAAAUGGUUGCCAUGUUUUUAAUUAAUGAAGACAUUAUAAUGCAUUAUUUUCUACCUGCAGUAGCUGCAUGAAGAAAAUAUUUGUAUUCUGUUUCACAAAAAGUGAAAAAAGUAAAACUAUCCCUGUAACAGGCCGUGAAGG